AUGAAUAGACUUCAUUCUGACCCCAGUCUCCUACCCUGUCCAGACUUCGAAGCGGAUGCUUACAGCGUCAGCAGACUUACUCUUGUCUCGCCCACUACCACAGAUGCACAAGCUGCAGACCUGCUGUGCGCGGUCUGGGUCACAACCAGUGAAGCCUUACGUGCUCAAUGGACUCAACAAGUUGCGGACGAUCAGCGUCUUCACCUGGAACACCAACACUUAGCCGAGGAAGAAAAUGUUCGCCUUAGCGAAACUAUUUGCAUCAACGAAGAAGCAGCGAAGAAUGACGAGAAGAAAAAGAAUUGA